GUAGGGUGGGUUUUUGCAGCCGCCCAAGUUGGCUGCAAAGGCCUGAUCCCAAACCCAUUGACGUCAAUGGCAAGGCUCCCACCGCCUGCAAAGAUUCGGGAUCAGAGCCUCUAUCGGGCAUUGCCUUUUUAAGAUGUGGCCCCACACUCCCGCCCCCCUCCCCCGCAAGCCGUUCCCUGGAGGGGGCUCUUUCACUUGCUCCACGACCUCACGGCUGGGAGAGGCAGCUGCUCUCUCAGCCCGGCUGCUGGCAGAGACGGCGGAGGGGGCUGCCCAGCCCCUGGAUGAGGCUGAAGGCAGUUGGACCCGGAGAUGGUAGCGGGCAGAUCCCAGUGAAUCAGCCCCGCUUCUCGGUCUGGUGCUUUCGGCUUCAAGCGGCUGGAGGGACCCGCUGGGCUUGGGGAGGAUGGGAUGCUGCACCGGGCGCUGUACCUUGAUUUUCCUCUGCACUUUACAGCUGCUCGCUGCAUUAGAGAGACAAGUGUUCGAUUUCCUGGGAUAUCAAUGGGCUCCUAUUCUAGCCAAUUUCCUCCACAUCAUCAUCGUUAUCCUUGGCCUCUUCGGGACUAUUCAGUAUAGGCCACGCUACAUAGUGGUGUAUGCCAUCUGGACUGCAAUUUGGGUCACCUGGAACAUCUUCAUCAUCUGCUUUUACUUGGAGGUGGGAGGACUCUCAAAGGACAGCGAACUUUUGACCUUUAAUAUCUCCCAGCAUCAGUCAUGGUGGAGUGAAAAUGGCCCUGGCUGCGUAAGGAAGGAGGCUUCCAUGGCUGGCAUAAAGGGAUUGGACAGCCAUUCUUACAUCUCUGUGAUUGGUUGUGCUCUAGAGUAUCGGUACAUUGAGGUCAUGCACAGCUCGGUCCAAAUUCUGGUAGCGCUGGUGGGCUUUGUCUAUGCCUGUUACGUUGUCAGUGUUUUUACAGAAGAAGAGGACAGCUUUGAUUUCAUUGGUGGAUUUGAUCCAUUUCCUCUCUACCAUGUCAAUGAAAAGCCCACCAACCUUUUGUGCAAGCAGACGUACCUGCCUGCGUAAAUGAGGAAGAUCCACAAGCUUGAUAAACCUCUUGCACCCAGCAAACAAAGGCGCUGCAAGAAAUGAAGCCAUCCUUGGUCUGGAUCUGUGGUAGAAGAAAAGCUAGGAUAAUGAAAUCCAUUCCAUGUCAGUUUUUUUACACAAUGAAUGUACAUUGAUGAAUGACCUCUAGGUUUGUUUUCAGUUUAUGAGUGUCCUGAUGAACUGUUAGUCCAUGGAUGGGACAGGCUUGGCUGAGAUGAACACAUCCAAGGGGAACCCUUCACUAUCUCUUGAGCAUCAGAGUUGAACAGCUGGGAACUUCUUCCUUCCACCAUGGAUCUAUAAAGAAUAAAGUCCUGCCAAUCCCAGUGGUUCAGGCUUCAAGAGUUUUGUAGUUUACUUUUUUUUUUUUUUAAAUGGACAAAGCCCCCAACACACUCUCAUCCCUCCCUACCUCUGGGGGACAGGGAGGAAGCUAUUUGCAUUUACUGAGAAUUCACCACUUUUUAUAACCGAAGGAUUUGUCCACAUGGGAAGUGUGGGUGGCCCGAUUUCAGCCACUAGGGCAGCUAUGUUGGUGAAAAAGUCCUAAUUGUAGACAAGCAAAGCCAUGAUUUGCUCCUGGUACAUCUUAGCCCAAUUUCAAGGCUAGGUGAGCCACACCAGUGCACAUGGUAGUUUACUGCAACUGUGUCGGUGUACACUAAACUUACACUGCUGCUCCUGCUGUAGGCAGAGGCGAAGGCCAAAUUCUUCAUGCAUUAGAGACUUCUUGUACAGACCCACAAGGCAGUCAAAUUUACUCCAGGAGUGGUCUGAGCCAAGAGGUCCAUGUGGGAAUUUGUGGAGAAGAAGAAUUCUAUUUUAAGGGGAUGGGAGAAAGAUAGAGGGGAUACACAUCACUGUAAUUAAAUUGCAUCAUUGGCCACAGUAAUUAAAAAUAAAUACAAUAACCGUCUACUGGAACAGGUUUUUUGUUUGUUUUUUAAAGCAGUUGCCUCUCCUAACUGUGUAAGGAUCAAGGCCUGAGAAGGAACCCUACUGUGGAGCAAAGUAGUCCUCUACUGCGGUGGUCACAACCUGAGCCAUCAGCUUGUCUCACUAUUAUAGACCCGAGUGCAAUUAUAUUGCUCAUUAUUUUAGAUCAGUUCAGCAAGACAGUCUGCUUUUUUGUACAAAGAGGAAAAAUGACUGUUAAGAGCCGUUAAACAAGUGAAGCCACAUUUGGCACAAGGGAGAGUUCCUUGUUUCUAUUUCACUGAAUUAGAGUGUUCCCUGUUAACGUCCAUGAAAGAAGAUAGGUAGAGUUAGGGUGGACCUGCCAUCCCUCCUGCAAAGCAAGCAUGCUGCAGUGUGGUGUGGAUAGGAGGAUGAGUGCUAACAAAGUACAGUGAGUCUCCGCUAACCGCCACCUAAGGUGUGUCUACACUGCAGCUGGCAGCCAAUGUCCCAUGCCAGGAAGACAGACUUGGGUUGCAACCCUAAAAGUACCAGUGUGGAUAUUGUGGCUCAGGUGGCAGCUCAGGCUCUUCAGCCCGCCCGCAUCUGACCUCGAGGGGCUAGGCUGCAUAUCCGACGGAGCUGGAAUGCCCACACUGCUACGUUUUGCACUAGAGCUUGAGCCCUACUAGGGUGAGUCCCUCUACCUGGGCUGGGCUGCUCCCUCUCAGCUGCAGUAUAGACCUAACUUUAAAUUCCACUGGAUAGCUAAAUACUAGACUGAGUAGGUGCCACCUUUUAAAUCCAUGGCAAUAGUGGCCCUGGAAUUAAGGAUGGCCUGGAGGACCUUCCUCAUCCCACUCAGUGCAAGAUCAGGUUCUACGAACAAAGGGAGCUGAAAUGGGGCAGAUGCUCCUGAGAUAGGUCAGGACAAGCUACUAGGGACUUAAUUUUACACCUUAUAACCUCCUUUUUCCUCCAUCGAUUUCUAUCAUUAGCACAAAAUCACUUCCAGUUUCGGGUGCACUAAUUCCAUUCAUUGUAUGCCUGUGCAAUACUCUAUCUUGCUAACACAGGAAACUACGUUUCAUUGAUGUCUGUUGUGUUAUAAGAAUGAAGAGCAGUUUAAGGUUUCAAGCCUAUGGCCCCUGUUAUAGUUAGGUUAAUGGUGCCCUCUGCUGGCUAAAAGCAUAAUUUAACAGACUAAAAUCACAUGUCUUUUGCACGGUGUUGUAAAGGGACAUAUACCAGUGUGAACAAUGCAUGAACCCAGGUAGUAGCUUUUCACAGCUGAAAAAUGGCCCACACUGGAUUAAUUUUACAAGUAAGAUCUCUUUCAGGAUCUCAGUUUGUAUCCUGAUUAUACCUAUCGUUAAAACCACUGUGA